AUGCAAACUGGAAGUGAUUACCUCCCUUCCUUGGCAUCAGUAAUGGACAACCGCAUGACCACCAACAAUGUCGAACAGACACUUGGGAAGUUGCUUCUACUUUUCGGAAAUUCCACCAUUGAAAAUUGGGAAGACUACUUAAAUAAGUAUUUUCAAGUGGGCGAAGUAGAAAUUCUACCUCUGCAAGAUGAAGUCAAACUAAACUUGGUUCAAAUUAAAAGUAGUUACAAAAAGUCAUUUGGUGCAUUUAAACAAGGUGAGUGCGUGCUUUUUCUACUUAAAGUUAAUCAACCAUUCUGGGAUAAAGUGACUUUAUUUGAAAACCCAUUAUCUUAUCAAAAGGUGUUUUGGAGUCUCAUUUCCACUUUAAAGUUUAUCUUUGAGCUACCAAUAAAGUCACCUUUUAAUGUGCAAAAUUGGUAUAGCCAUGCACUUAUUUUCAAAGAGCUCUCCUUUUUUUCGGAAAAAAAAUCAAACGUCUUCCUCUCUCUCUUUAAUUAUAAAUCCCGUAACUUUUCCUGUUUAAGCUGGUAUAACAAAUUCGGCGGUGUAAUUAAGUUACUUCAGAAGUCUUGGUUAUCGCCCACGCAUAAAUUGAAUGGGGAGGUCUUGUCUCAUUUCAGAAAACAUCCUAUUUUUUUUGGUAACUUGGUCUCUAGGAAUUGGAAUUCUUGUGUGCGUGUGAUGCUAUGUGAUGAAUAUUAA